GAAUUAAACAGAAAGUUCGUUAUUUUCAGAUGGCAAGCGCACAGAACGGUUUAUUGUGUAGUUGAUGUUACAGUAAUAAUUGAUAAUUUAUUUUAAAUAAAAAGUAGUAAUUAUAAUUAGUGAAGGUGUGUGAUAAUGAAUGAAGAACCAAGCACAAACUAUGAUGAAGGCACUCAACUAAUGCUUUCAAACAUUCUUUCACACCCAGCUUACAAAAAUUCAAGUUACAAAUGGUCAUUGGACGAUUUUGAAUUGGGAACUAGAUUAGGUCGUGGCAAGUUCGGGAGAGUCUACUUCGCACGUGAAAAACGGUCUGGUUGGGUGGUAGCACUCAAAACUUUACUAAAAAAAGAAAUUGUUAAGGGCCACGUUGAACGACAAAUACUGAGAGAAAUUGAAAUUCAAUCAAAUUUGAAGCAUCCGAAUAUUCUAAAACUGCAUGUGUGGUUCCAUGACGACCAUCGCAUUUACUUAGCAUUAGAGUUUGCCGGAAAAGGAGAGGUGUAUAAACAGUUAACGACAAUUGGAAGGUUUUCCGAACAAAGAACAGCAAAGUAUAUUUAUCAAGUCGCUGAUGCUCUUGACUAUUGUCACCGUAAGAAAGUUAUACAUCGAGACCUUAAGCCUGAAAAUUUGUUACUGUCAAUUAAUGAUGAUAUCAAGCUGGGCGAUUUUGGGUGGUCGGUCCACGCUCCUUCGUUGAGCCGUAAAACUAUGUGUGGAACCUUGGAUUAUCUUCCACCAGAAAUCGUCGAAGGAAAACAGUAUGGCAAAUACGUUGACAAUUGGUGUUUAGGUAUAUUGUGUUAUGAAUUCUUAGUUGGGCAUCCUCCCUUUGAAAGCAAAACUACUGAAGAAACAUACGCUCGAAUUACAAACAUUGAAAUUUCGUUCCCUAUGCAUAUUUCACCUGGUGGUGUUGAUUUAAUCUCGAAGUUGCUACUAAAAUCAUCUGUAAACCGCAUCACAUUGCCAGGUGUUAUGAAACACCCAUGGAUAAUUAACAAUUAUAAGGAUAAGAAAUAAGAUUUUGUAAUAUAUAUUUUUUAAAUUUGUAGUAUUAUUAUCUAAAGUAAAGUUGCAAAAUAUAAA